AUGUCGAACCAAUACAUCAACGCUGUAUACUAUCCCUCGUGGCGCUGCUACAAAGAGCGUCCUCCUUCAUGCCUGGACACUGCUUCAAUCACUCACAUAUUCUACGCCUUUGUCGGUGUUAACGAGGAUGGUACACUUCGAUCCAUCGAUGAUUGGGGCGACAACAAUAAAGUAGUUGAUGGCGAAAAGGGCUGUCUCGCAGCACUUCGCAAGUUGAAAGGCCAGCACCCUCAUAUAAAGACACUCGUCUCGAUUGGUGGUGGCUCUAGCAGUAAGGAAUUUCCUGCACUUGCAGCAAGCAAAGCAGCGAGACAAACUUUUGCUCGCCAGAUCAAGGAGUUUUGUGACGCCCAUCAUUUCGAUGGAGUUGACAUUGACUGGGAGCACCCUCAAACUCCAGAAGCUGGAAAGAAUUAUGUUCUGUACCUCCAGGCCAUCCGAGAGACCAUGCCGGCUCCCAAAUACCUGCUGACAAGCGCUCUUCCCACUGGCGAGUACUGCCUCAAACAUCUCAACUUACCAGUCGUAGCGCAACUUCUCGACUUCCUCAACCUCAUGGGCUACGAUUUCACAGGCGGCUGGACCGACGUCUGUGGUCAUCAUGCGCAGCUUCUGCCUCCAAGCAACAACCUUAACGAGGUGUACCCCGCCCUUCGCAAGUCGUGCCAGCGCGGCGUCGACUACCUGACCUCGCAGGGCUUCCCCAACCGUAAGAUCAUCCUCGGCAUUCCAGUAUAUGCCAGAUAUUUUGGACAGGCUCGUGGACCAGGCCAUCCUUUCAAGGGCUCAGGCGAGAUUGACUACUGCGAUUUACCGGAUGAAUGGGUAGCAGGCGCUAAGGUCGAAGAAUCCAUUGCAGCGGCAUCCUUUGUCGAUACCAAAGGAGACAAAGGCUUUGUCUCGUUCGAUGUUCCUAGCACGGUUUGUGUCAAGGCGAGGUAUGCCAAAGCAAUGUGCCUGGGCGGUCUGUUUUACUGGACGGGUGCUGGCGAUCGAGCAGGUCCUGAGAGUUUGGUCGCUGCAGGAUGGAAGACACUUCAUUCCAAGUAGCCGCUCGACUACAGCGGAUUGAUUCAUAAGUCACGCAAGAUACUUCACGUGAGGCUGAUUUAGGGGCUGAGUAUGGUCCAAGACUUACUUGUGAGUUUUAUUUGUUUUUUACCUACC